AUGGAUCUCUUGCAAAACGCAGCUAAGAACAUCAGUCUCUAUGAGGUCAAGGCUUAUGUGCGUAAAGCACAGAACGUGGCUAUGAACCUCACAGAAAUGGAAGCAAAAGUCAGAGAAGCUACCAACAACGAACCCUGGGGAGCCCCUACAACGCUCAUGGCCCAGAUCGCAGCUGGUACUUACAAUUACCGGGAAAGAGAGGAGAUCAUCGGGUUUAUCUUCCGUCGUUUCACAGAGAAGGCUGCCAACGAAUGGAGGCAGAUAUACAAGUCUUUGCAAUUGCUUGAUUACUUGAUCAAGAAUGGGUCUGAACGGUUGAUUGAUGACGUUAGAGCUAACUUGUCGUUGAUCCAGAUGCUCAAGUCGUUCCACUACAUCGACUCCAAGGGACGUGACCAGGGUAUCAAUGUCCGCAACAGAGCCAAAAACUUGAUUGGUUUAUUGAAUGAUGACGCUUUGAUUCGUACUGAAAGAAAGAAAUCGAGAGCGAACUCCAAGAAGUUUGGUGGAGUUUCGUCUGCUGCCUUUGGUGGAGCUUCGUCCAUCACCACCGGCUCUGGUUAUGAUGACGAUGAAUUCACUAGCCGAGUGUACGGUGAUGGAGGUGUAUAUGGAGAAAGAUACGAUGAUCCUGCUGGUGCCUAUAGUAAUGGUCAAAGUGGCUCUAAUAACGACAACUUUGAAGAGUAUAACGUGGAGGCUCCUUCUGGAACAAGCAAGCCUACCACGGGCUCUUCUAGAGUCAAUGCAAAAGCUUCAAAGCCCCAGCCUAAGCAGCCAGCACAUGAUUUGUUGGGAGACGAUUUUGGCUCGUUUGAAAAGGAAACUCCUGCCAUUCCAGCCCAGGAUGAAGACGAUGAUGACGACUUUGACGAUUUCCAAGCUGCUCCUUCCCAGCCUCAAAAACAGACUCUUUCUAACAAUUUAGCUAGCUUCAGCAGUUUUUUGGUCAACAACAGCAACCCCAACAACAAUCCCAGCAGAAUUUCUUUUCUGCAGCAAGUCUCUUCAUUCUCUUCUGGUCCAAAUUACAACGUCAAUACAUCGGCCCCUAUUAGCUCUGGUCCCGCUAAGUCUUCAGCCUCUAACGAUGCGUUCUCGUCUUUGUUCUCUACGGCUAAGACUAAGACAAAGACAUCUACUCCAGUCUCGUCUACAAAUAAAGCUACUACUGACGAUCUAUUUGGCUCCUUCAGCGCCAACACAUCCUCCCAGCAGACCAACGGAAAUAGCACCACCAGCAGCAAUGUCAAUAACAAUAAAACUGCCAGUGGAGAAAUCGACUUGCUCAGCUUUUAG